CUAUCCUGGCAUUUUACUGUUGCUACGAUAUCUAAAACUUGGGUAGUCGAAAAUAUCGAUUCUUCGGUGAACAAGUACAUCCGAAAAUGGCUGGAAGUACCUAUAUCUGGAACACUGAGUAACGUUUUUCUAACCCAUAAUAAGUUUGGUCUAAAUAUCCUCCCUGCAUCAGUCAAAUUCAUUCAGUGUCAAACAGUUCUACGCAAUGCCCUAAAAACAUCUCCAAACGAUUCAAUAAACGAACUGUGGAAGUCAACUAAUAAUCAUACUAACAUUCAAUACGAUAGCUACAACUCAACUAAAGAA